GAGCUCUGAGCGGCAGAAGGUAGAGUCGGGUAUGUCUGCGGCAACCGUUAGCGUCAAAAACGUGAACUUCGGGUGAAAAAGAGAGGACCAAACCGCGCUGCAGAUCGAGACGACCUCGGUAGACCACGGAUUAUGAUACAUUUUCAGCAAAGGCUGGUAACUGCGGGCAGUUUUAAUGCCAGGCGCCUUGCUGAACAUCUGUAGAGUUUAAUGAGGGCAUCUGCUAUUCGUCACGAUGGUUUUUCCUCCGCUGUUCAGUUAGACUCAUAGUGAUACUGUUUAUAAAUACGUGGCUUUCAGACAUCCUCUCAAAGAAAAGACACACCAAGAAGACACAGCCUGUAGAAAUUUAGGUAAUUCCCUCCUCCCGUGUCCCCUGGGGAGCAGUGAAGUCAUUUGAGAAGUCACGGGAGAAGAAGACGCGUCUUAAUCAUCUCGAUAGUUUUGCGAGGAAAAUCGGCUUUCCCUCCACCAGGCUCCCCCUGCUUUCUUCCUAUUUUUUAAGUCUUACAUGGUUUUGUCUUUCUGAGAAUUCAUCGCCAACCCUCUUGUGGGCGUUUUCCCCGUGAAAGGAUGCCGGAUCAAAUAUCGGUGUCCGAGUUUCUGUCGGAGACAACAGAGGAUUACAAUUCCCCGACGACAUCCAGCUUCACCACCCGACUUCAGAGCUGCAGGAACACGGUGAAUGUGCUGGAGGAGGCGUUGGACCAGGAUCGAACCUCCCUACAGAAAGUGAAGAAAUCAGUGAAGGCCAUCUACAGUUCAGGGCAAGACCACGUCCAGAAUGAAGAAAACUACGCACUGGCUUUGGACAAAUUUGGCAGCAACUUCAUCAGCCGGGACAACCCUGACCUGGGAACGGCCUUCGUUAAGUUCUCCUCCCUCACUAAGGAGCUGUCUGCUCUACUGAAGAACCUGCUUCAGAGCCUCAGCCACAAUGUGAUCUUCACCCUGGACUCACUACUGAAGGGUGAUUUGAAAGGCGUGAAAGGGGAUAUAAAGAAGCCUUUUGACAAAGCAUGGAAAGACUACGAGGCCAAGUUUACAAAGAUAGAGAAGGAGAAGCGAGAGCACGCCAAGCAGCACGGGAUGAUCCGCACCGAGAUCACCGGAGCUGAAAUCGCUGAGGAGAUGGAGAAGGAGCGCCGUCUGUUCCAGCUCCAGAUGUGUGAGUACCUGAUCAAAGUGAAUGAGAUCAAGACCAAGAAAGGAGUGGACCUCCUCCAGAACCUGAUUAAGUAUUACCACGCACAGUGCAAUUUCUUCCAAGAUGGCUUGAAGACGGCGGAUAAGCUGAAACAGUACAUUGAGAAGCUGGCAGCUGAUCUCUACAAUAUCAAACAAACUCAGGAUGAGGAGAAGAAGCAACUCACUGCCCUGCGAGAUCUGAUCAAGUCCUCUCUCCAGCUGGACCAGAAGGAGUCUAGAAGAGAUUCGCAAAGUAAGCAGGGUGGCUAUAGCAUGCAUCAGCUGCAGGGAAACAAGGAGUUUGGCAGUGAGAAGAAAGGCUACCUGCUGAAGAAGAGUGAUGGGCUGAGGAAGGUGUGGCAGAGGAGGCAGUGCUCAGUGAAGGGGGGCAUCCUCACCAUCUCUCAUGCCACAUCCAACAGGCAGCCGGUCAAACUCAACCUGCUCACCUGUCAGGUCAAGCCGAGCACUGAGGACAGGAAGUGCUUUGAUCUCAUUUCUCAUAACAGGACAUAUCAUUUCCAAGCUGAAGAUGAACAAGAGUUUGUCAUCUGGAUCUCGGUGCUGACCAACAGUAAGGAGGAGGCACUGAACAUGGCGUUUCGUGGUGAGCAGAGCAGUGGAGGGGAGGAUGGUUUAGAGGACCUGACUAAAGCCAUCAUAGAAGACGUGCUGCGCAUGCCAGGCAACGAAGUCUGCUGCGACUGCGGAGCUGCAGACCCUAAAUGGCUUUCCACCAACCUGGGGAUCCUGACCUGCAUCGAGUGCUCUGGCAUCCACCGAGAGAUGGGGGUCCACAUCUCCCGCAUCCAGUCUAUGGAGCUCGACAAGCUAGGAACCUCAGAACUCUUGCUGGCCAAGAAUGUAGGGAAUAGUCGUUUUAAUGAGAUUAUGGAGGGGAACCUCCCCUCUCCUUCCCCAAAGCCCACUCCCUCUAGUGACAUGACAGUGAGGAAGGAGUUCAUCAAUGCUAAGUAUGUGGACCACAAGUAUGUGAGGAAGACAUGUACAUCUGCGGCAGCUAAAAUGAUUGAGUUGUUUGAGGCGGUUCAGUCCAGGGACCUGCUGGCCCUCAUCCAGGUUUACGCAGAGGGGGUGGAGCUUAUGGAACCACUGCCAGAGGCGGUGCCGGAAACCGGGGAGACAGCACUGCACUACUCUGUACGGACAGCUGACCAGACCUCACUGCACUUGGUGGACUUCCUUGUGCAGAACAGUGGCAACCUGGAUAAGCAGACAGAGUGGGGGAACACUGCCCUGCAUUAUUGCUGCAUGUAUGAGAAUCCCGAGUGCCUCAAGUUGCUCCUGAGGGGCAAGCCGGCCACUGACAUCACCAAUCAGAACGGAGAGACAGCACUGGAUGUUGCCAGGCGACUGAGGAACACUCAGUGUGAGGAGGCACUUGUGCAGGCUGCAGAGGGGAAAUUCAACCCUCACAUCCACGUGGAGUAUGAAUGGAGUCUCAGGCUGGAGGAGAUGGAUGAGAGCGAUGACGACCUGGAUGAUAAGCCGAGCCCCAUCAAGAAGGACCGCUCUCCGAGGCCUCAGAGCUUCUGCCACUCCUCCAGCCUCUCCCCCCAUGACAAGCUCUCCCUGCCAGGCUUCAUCAGCCAAAGAGACAAGCAGCAGCGUCUGUCCUAUAGCGCGUUCAACCAGAUGUACAGCGCAUCCACCGACCUCAGCUCCUCUCCUGUGGCUGACGGGCCACCUCUGCCACCCAGGAACCAGGGAAAAGCUCCUCCCUCUACACUCACACCAGGAGGCAGCUCCACCCUGUCCAAGAAGAGGCCUCCACCCCCGCCUCCUGGACACAAACGCACCCUGUCUGACCCACCCAGCCCGCUCUCUCACAGUCCACACAGUAAAGGGUGCUUGACUGGGGGAAGCGACUCCACCCCUCCUCCUGUCACCAAGAUGUCUCCGGUUUCUAACAAAUUUGAAGGCAUUCCUCAACAGCAAAGCACUACUUCAAGUAACACAAAGUCAACACUUGGUCCAAGGGUUCUUCCCAAACUACCUCAGAAAGUCGCGUUGCGAAAGAUUGACACCAUACACCACCCUUCUAUGGAUAAGCCCAGCCCUCCUCCAGAGGUCUUCCAGAAGUCCCCACCAGCAACUGAAACACAGCAGAAGCCCUCUCUGAUGGACAGGCCUCAGCUGGGAGACCUGCCCCCCAAACCACAGCCAUCUGAACUCCCCCCUAAACCCGGAGAGCUUCCUCCGAAGCCACAGCUCUCUGACCUCCCUCCUAAACCUCAUCUGGGAGACCUCCCGCCCAAACCUCAGCUCAAAGACCUCCCUCCCAAGCCUCAUCUCACAGACAUUCCCCCCAAACCUGGAACAGCUGAGUCUGCUCCGAAGCCGCCGCCUGGAGAAAUGAUACUGAGGCCUCAAACUCAACCUCCACCUCCACCUCCGACUCCAGCUCAGCCUCAACUGCAGCCACAGCCUCAACCUCAGGGUUCACUGUCACCAAAUCAGCAAGCACUAACAGCAAUUCCCUCCCAACAACCAGCUGAAGACACCAAUGGGACUCCGGCAGGAAGUGUAGAGACACCUGUGCCACUGCCAAGGAAACUCAACACUGGGAAGAACAAGACCCGCAGGGUGAAGACGAUCUACGACUGCCAGGCCGAUAACGAUGACGAGCUGACAUUUGCUGAAGGAGAGGUGAUCAUAGUUACAGGAGAGGAGGACCAGGAGUGGUGGAUCGGGCACAUUGAAGGAAACCCGGGAAGAAAAGGGGUGUUCCCCAUGUCUUUUGUGCACAUCCUGAGUGACUGACAGCCAGAAAAACUUGCACUACACCUAUCCCUGUAAAUAGCUAUCACAGCAUCCCGUGUCACAGAGCAACUGUCCUGAAGAAGAAAAAAAAACAAGAAACCAAGGAGGCUCAUUAAGCCAUGGAUGUCUCAUCCAUGCUGUACAAAAAAAUGUGUGUAAUCUUCCUCUACCAGUAUUAUCUCAGCCUUAUAUAGCAGGGUUGUGACAAAGCCACUCAAAUCCCCUAGCACUUAUCUAACAGUCUAUGUUUAUUGGGAUACUGUGUACAUAUGUAAAUAUAUAUUUGUGAGUAUAUACAUGUUUUAUUGAAAAAAAAAAAAAAAUGUACCAUUGCUCUCGAGCUGUCAAAUGAAGCAUCAGGGCAAUGGCGCUUGAAUUUGAUCUGUAUUAAUUUUAGUGGCCCUUAAUUAUCAACUAUUCCUGGAAAAAAAGGACAAUGUAAUGUGAAAUGGUUCAUGUCACUCUGUCUUGCAUCCCCCUUUACCACCAUGACUGAAGAGGCAGGAGUCUCCCACUGAUUUUCCCAAGAUGGACAGAACUCCAUUAAAUGUACUCCUUGUUCUUGCUUGCUUUAAUAUUAUGCUUGUUUUACAGUAUAGAAACCUGCUGCUACUCUGUGGUGGAAUAUCCACACCUGUGGUUCACUGUAUGUAUGCUCUGCGUGUGAACGUCACCUCCACAGCCUGUUGACCCUUCUGUGCGUGGUGCAACCAUGACUGGAAUUGAGUGGAGUGCUGCAUUCAAAGACACUCACCUCAGGGUUUGAAGAGCCACUAUUGAACUACACAGAAAGUAUCCUGUUAAAGCCACUAUUGAGUACAGAGGACAUCUUAGCAAUAACUUGAUUUUAUGACAGGCUAGAAGUCUCUGCACCUGUAUUCAUAAUUCAGUGUCUUGUAAACCUCAUGAGCUUGAUUUUUUUAUUUCGAGUCCUUUCAGUCCAUGUUUCUAGGUUCAGUACAUUUUAAAGUUUGCCUAUGAACCAGAGGUCUUUUAGAUAAAAGGGUGGACUUUGUGAAGAACUGGUGUAUUUUUAUUUGGUCCUCACUGACAUGCAGUUCUUCCCAUGUUAAGGAAUAAACCCAUUGUAUCAUUAAAAGUGCUGUACUUAAACCCUGAGCCUUCUCUACUCACCACAAAAGUCUCUAUGCUCCUUUAAACACCUGUGGUAAGUGAAGGGAAAACCUUUCCAAACUUAAAUUGUCAGAAAGCCAAUAAGAUUACUUUACAAAAGUUGACCUUUCUUUUAAAGCUUGGACUCAAUUCCUCUAUUCUGAAAU